AAACGAUUUGACGGAGGAGGUGAAGCGCAAAGUCAUCAAAGCCCUUCAAGAGCGAGUGUGCCUUGGCAAGCUGCCGCGCGGGACCAUGCAGGCGAUGGCAACCGAAUUCGAACUCGAUAGAGGCACUAUACGCGAGCUGUGGCGACGCUUCCAGCAAGGCUGCCUGAAGUCGCGCAAGUACGGCCACACGGGGCCGACAACACGCUACACAGCAGAAGUAGUAAUUGCAAAAAUACAAGAAAUUCCUCGCAUUCAACGUUCCAACAUGCGCGACAUCUCCGAAGCGAGUGACAUUUCAAUCAGCACCAUCAGCCGCGCCCUCAAGAAAGGAAUCAUCAAGCACCGCUCCUCACGGCUCAAGCCUCUCUUGACGGAAGAGAACAUGCGCGAACGUUUGCAGUACUGUGGUGCUCACGUCAUGUUGACACAAGAAGCGAUUGAUGCCCACCACGCCGAAGACAUUGGCCCAGCCGGCGAAGCCAGCGAUGCUCCCGCCAUGGCCCGCAGCCAGCGCGAAAUCGAGUUUUGUGGCAUGUGGGAUGUCGUACACCUCGAUGAAAAGUGGUUUAACGCCGACAAGGACUGCCGCAAGGUUUACCUGGUAGAAGGAGAAGAGGUCGAGCAUCGCGUGGCCAAGUCCAAGCGCUUCAUCGCGAAA